CCUGCUUGAUCUCUUAUUUUUUGGCCUUUCGCACCCAUCGUUCGUAUCGGGCUUCCGACAAUGAGAUAGAGAGAAACCAUAUAUAUAUCUACAAAUGUAACGGAAGUGCAAGAAUCUUCGUACGAACCUCUAUCUCAUCGACCCCUUUCAUUUGAACGCAAUCUCUAGCAGCAGUAUGUCUGACUUCACAGGAACUUGGUUUAUCACAGGUGCUUCCCGUGGCAUUGGCUUGGAAAUGACGAAACAACUCUUAACCUCUCCUACUACCACCGUUUUUGCGACAUGUCGCUCCCCAGCUACUGCUACUGGUCUGCAUGCACUGAAAUCGUCUGCUGGGGUAAAGGGAACACUGCAUAUAGUCCAACUUGACGUUGCAGACGCGGCAUCCAUAGAAAGCGGCGCGAAGGAAGUAUUGAAGUUAUUGAAUGGCAAGGGCCUCGACUAUGUGUUCAACAAUGCCGGAAUCAAUCUCGGAGCAGAUUUCGCAUUCAAUUUUUCACCUGAAGACCUGCUGAAAAGUAUAACGUCAAAUGUCAUUGGCCCUGCACUUAUCUCGCGUGCUUUAUAUCCUGCUAUUGAGAAGAGCACUCGGAAAGUCGUUGUAAAUAUGACGAGCGGAUUGGCUAGCAUCCAGAGUAACCAUGGGCCCAAGGCCACGAGCUACAGCAUCAGUAAAUGUGCUCUCAAUAUGCUGACUUAUAAGCAAGCGCGAGAAAAACCAGAUCUGAUCCCUUUCGUUGUUGAUCCUGGAUGGGUCAAGACUGAGAUGGGAGGUCCUGGUGCGAUGCUGGAGCCUCAUGAAUCUGUAUCUGGGAUAUUGAAGCAUGUAUCGGGUGCUACGCCUGAUUGUGCUGGAAAGUUCUUUGGCUAUCGGGGGAACGAGAUUCCUUGGUGAAUACAAUGAGUUACGGAGAUGUACGUUGGGCAUAUACACAGCCUGGCAAUACUGUCCUCCGUCAUAUCCCAGACCAAUCAUAUCAUCAAGUCCACAUCAUGAUAGCUCCUUGACACUGUCCUGCCCUCGUACGCAUACAGCUUGAUACAAUGGUUGAUUUUCUACUUCAUAUGAUCUAUGUAGUGUACCCUGACGAGGGGGAGUUUGUAUGAUAAUACAUUUAUUAAAUACUUCCCCAAGCUCACCUCAACCUCAAGGCAGUGCGGACAUAUCUGAGCGCGUGCUGGUUAGCCACAUUGCACGUGAGGUUGAGG